CCAACUUCCUGCAGCAUACGCUAUCAGAUUGGGGGUGAGCUAGGCUAACCAUAGCUCCUUUAUCUAGACUCCGAACCAGACAAGAAGGAACGUCAGACAUCCGCAUUUCCAUCUUCGAUUGGGCUUGAACGGUAGGUUUGAUGUGGAGAAGAAGUAACUAUCUUGAAAGUUACUACCUUGGUAGAUAUAAGGCGUCUGGACGGGGGGAUAAGAAGAAAGGUGACAGCAAUAAUGGCUGAAGUCUCCCAUACCUAUGACGAAAGCACACCUCUGCUGGCCAUAGGCCAGAGAUCUCCAAGAGAAUCGAGGAAGAGAUGGCUGGUUCUCUUCAUCAGCUCGCUUUUGAUCCUUGGAGCAGAUCUUGGUGUUACUAUAUCCAGCACGCCCCAGUUGGAGAUCUUUGAGGAGAUUCUAUGCCACAACUACUAUGGUAGCCAUGACGGUCCGGCGGGGACUAUGAUAGACGAACGACUGUGCAAGUCGGCCGAAGUCCAGACUGAAUUGGCAUUGAUCAACGGGUGGAAAGAUACAUGGGAUCUUGUACCAGGCAUCGCCCUUUCCCUUCCGUAUGGAGUUCUUUCGGACCAUUGGGGCCGCAGGCCGGUGUUUAUGUUGUCCUUACUAGGUAUUAUGCUAGGAGAGCUCUGGGUGAGAAUCGUCUGCUUCUUCCCAAAUGUGUUUUCACUGAGGCUUGUAUGGCUCUCGGCGCUGCCCAAAAUCAUCGGUGGAGGGGACAGGGUUGCCGCAUCAAUGGCUAUGGUCAUGAUAGCGGAUCUUUUCUCGGAGGAGGAAAGAGCGACUGCCCUGUUUCGACUAUUUACCUUUGUGCUCAUAUCGGAGAUUCUGGGAAUGCCCAUCAGUGCAUAUCUCAUGAGGUUCACCCCCUGGCUCCCUUUCAACCUAGGACUGGGAAUCGCCAUGGUCAGCAGUCUAUUUGUGUUUUGCAUCCCAGAGACCUUGACCGAUGCCAAGGAGAAGAUGCGCCAGUCAUCCACGCCAGCAGUUAACGAAGAGGAUGCAGUGCUGGAGGAGUCGAGCAAAGAUGCCACGGUCCUGCAGGCCAUCCUGCACCGGGCUCGCAGGUUACAAGAGGCCCUUGGCUUUAUUUGGAGCGAUGCCGCGAUCGUAAUCUCUCUAUUUGGGCUUUUCAUUUCUCCAUUGGUCAGGCUGAUGACGCCGGUUCUUUUGCAGUACGCCUCGAAGAAAUUUGACUGGAAUCUCGCUCAGGCUAGUCUAUUAUUAUCGCUAAGAGGUGGAUUCUCUCUUGGGAACUAUGUGAUCUUGAUGCCCGCCUUGUCCUCCUGGAUCACCACCCACCUACGCAUGCCCGCUCAGUGGAAAGACCUCCGCCUGGCUCAAGCAAAUGUUCUCCUUUCAAUCGUUGGCUUGUUUAUCGUGUUCCUGGCCGGAUCCCCGGCAACCCUGAUGACCGGCCUGGUUUUCGUGGCCCUGGGUUUCGGCUUCCCAAUAGUCUGUUGGAGUUUCGUCACCUCCCGCGUGCCAGCAGACCAUGUCGGGACGUUGUAUGCAGCGGGCUCGGUCAUGACUGCUUUUGGUGGGAUUGUCAUGCUGCCUGCGGUUACAUAUGCUUUCCGCUUCGGCCUGCACCUGGGAAAUGCGUGGCUGGGUCUCCCUUUUCUCCUGGCAGCCUUGCUUUACUUCCUUGUUUUUGUGGCUUUCUUGUUUAUCCGACUAGAGAAAAGAGUCGACAUUAACGAAGCUGGUGUUCAUGUCGGAGAACUAUCGUUGCAAGAACACCUUGAAGACAGUUCCUGAAAGGAAAACGUUGUACGUAUUCUUCUUGUGGGACUCUGGAUACAUCCCAAAAACAUUUCAUUGGAUAUCUUUGGCAGCUAGAUGACCGUUUAAAAUUGGUCUGGUGCUGCUCGCAAUAAAAACACUGGGCGUUUUCCCCGCAUGUGUACUGCUGUUUAUUGCUCGGGUGUAUUGAAUCGAAACGGCGAUUGUUCGGGGUAACAGUGGACUAAUUACCCUCGACAUCGACAUGGCCUUCUGUGGAUCUGUCAACAGGUUGAUGCAGUCGUAUCACGUCUUAUGUCAACGAGUAGUUUCU